AUGGCAGCUGCCAAUCCUCAUGUGGCUCUUCAGCUUGCUCAAGCAGCUAUCUUCAAUGGGAAGUGUUUUGGUAGUGCUGAAGACUACUCGAGAUACCUGCUCAAAUUUCAAGAUCGAGAGCUAUGUCCCUCUGUUGCUCUUGAUCCAUCUCAUUUCAACAGAUAUGAUAUGAAUAUCCCUGCUCUCAUCAACAGUCUUGGGUGGACUGAUAUUAUCCACAAUCAGCACUAUGGAUUUCGCCCUGAAGCAGUUCGCAUGUUUUAUGCAAACAUGAAACCCUGCUACAAUACAGUUCCUCCAUCCUUCACCACUAUCGUGUUCAACUAUUUGAUCACGGUCAACGUGGAGCUUCUCUCUCUGCUACUCGGGAUACCUAUUAAUGGGUUCGAGGUUAUGGAUGCACAAGACUUUCAGUCUGUAGGGUUUGAUGAAGUAGCAGCCUUCCGUCGUUACACCCAGGACACUGGAAGGUACUACCCAAAUAUGUUGUCCUCUGGAAGGCUCCCUAAUGAUCUUAAAGUCCUUCACUUCUAUAUCACUAGGGUCUUUCUUCCUCGCUCCUAUGGGCACUCCAUCAUUCAUCCCACUGAUCUCUGGAUUCUUGCCAGUGCCAGGGAGAACCGUGCCAUUAGCUAUCCUCAUCUCAUGUGUUGGUCACAUGAUGACUCCACUGCUGGACCCAGUGGUCCCAAGGAACUCUCAGGUGAAGGAUCGGAUGGGAACAACUCUGAAGCAGGCAUCUCAGACUACAUGUCGUCGCCAUCCUAUCCGUUCUAA